AUAAGGAGGUUCUUCCGUCUCCCAUAGCCCCUCCCCUUCGUCGAAUCAGAAACCCUACCUUCACUGCGCCACGGCCCCCGAGCCCGGAGCCCCGGAUGACCACAUCAGCUGCCGACGAUGGCAGUUCUUUGGCGCCUACCGUGACGGAGGGAGAAACCACAGCCGAGGCCGGGGCUGGGGCAGUUGUUGAAGAGUGCGCCGAGAGCAAGGAGACGAAGGUGGGGGCUGCGGCUGCAGUUGAGGAGCCAGAUGAGGAGGCGCGGGAGGAGGAUGCUGAUGCGGUGGUGGAGGAGGAGGAGGAAGAAGAAGAGGAGAAGGAAGAAGAGGAUGCGGGGGAGGUGGAAACUGCGGAUGGGAUAGAGGCGGAGUUGGUGGAGCCAUUGCCGGUGCUGAAGCCCGGGGAGGAGGACGAACCGGAAGAGCUAGAGGGGGAGAAGGAAGAGUUGAAUGAGGAAUCAGAGGAGACCGAGCCAGAGGAGCCCGAGGAAGAGUUGGACGAACCAGAAGAGCCCGAGGAAGAGUUGGACGAACCGGAAGAGCCCGAGGAGGCGGAAGAGUGUAAGGAUGGCAACGGUGUUGCGGAGGUCGAUGGGUCAGUGGCGAACGAAACAAAUGAAAUGUCUAAACUGGAAUAUGGUAAAUCUGGCAACACAAAUAAGGAUGAAGAUGCUGAUCAAUUGAGCAGUGGGAGUGAUAGUGGUAAUGAUAUGCAGAACUCUGAACUUGCUGGAGGCCUUGAAAUAUUUGUUGACAACUUGCCUCAUGACUGUGUUAAGGAAGACAUUGCUAUGGCCUUUUCUCAAUCAGGGGAGGUCAAAUCUGUUAGGAUAAUUAAAAAUUCAUCAACUGGAAAGAUCAAUGACGUUGCAUUUGUUUGUUAUGCAAGCAUUGAAGCUGCAAAGAAGGUUCUCGCUGAAUUUAAGGAGGGAAUUGAGGUAAAAGGAAAAAUGGUCAGGGUAUCUGCUUGUGAAGAUAAUAAUACCAUUUACCUGGGCAACAUUUGCAAGAGCUGGACCAGAGAUCAGGUGCUGAACACCCUAAAAAGUAUUGGAAUUCAAGAGUGCAAGAUAACCUUUCCCACUUACAAGGGGGGAAGCAGAGGGUUUGCUUUUCUUAAGUUUGCCUCUCACUACUAUGCUAGAGAAGCAUUUUGUCGCUUAAUGAAAUCUGAUGCUGUUUUUGGUACUGAUAGAAGAGCUAAAGUAUCUUUUUCUGAAACCCCCACAAAAUCAUCCAAGAGUCUUUUGGAGGCAAAAAAAGUAUACCUGGAACAUGUCCCUGUUUCUUGGGAUGAGAAUAAGAUUAAAGAAUACUGUGAAGAAUAUGGGGAGAUUCUGAAAGUUGAUCUUUUCCAGAUAUUAAAGAAUUUGGAAAAGGAAACAAUUUCUUUUGUUGAAUUCUCAUCCAGCACGGGUGCAUUAGCUUGUGUGGCAGGAAUAAACAAAUCAAAGAUAGUUGAUGGAAGCUUCAAGUUGUGUGCAUAUCUUGCUUGGCCAAAAAGUGCUUUGAAGGUCAAUAGUGCUACACCUUCAAAUGCUGCCACCACAACUGAGAAGGACAAAAACCACACAGAGAAGGUUGUUGUAGAUAAGAAUUUACCCCAUAAAUUCCAGAAAGGCGACAAGAGCAAACUUACCUCUCGGACAAAGGAGGCAAUUAUGAAGACAAAUUCAUCAAGUAAAUUACCAAAUGACAAUGAUACAAAACUAACCUCACAAGGUGCUGCAGAAGUACCACAAACCUCAAAAUCUUCUGAAGGCAAGAGGAAAGUUAGAAAGAACAAACAUGCCUCUCAAUACCAAAAUCCAUGGAAGAAAGCUCAAAAUAAUUGUAAUGUUGAUGACAGCCAGCUAACUUAUCGUGGUGCUGCAGUACUGCAAACAUCUAACACUUCCAAAGGGAAAAGGAAAGCCAGCGAGAACAGAAGUAUAUAUAUAAACGAAAAACCUCUGAAGAAAGCACAUAACAAUAUUCUUAUGCAUGGAUAUGCAGGUAAUUUGGGUGGAAAUUCGAGAUCUAAAUCAUAUGCCUCUGAUCUGGAACCUCAUGCUGGAUUCAUUUCACCUAUAAUUCGAGAUCAUGGCAGUGAUGCAUAUAAUCUGCAGAGAACUGCACAGUACGAUAUCCAUCCCAUAAAUAUCCAUCCUUGUGACAGAGCGUCACCUGCCUACUCUGGUUACAGAAGCCAUGCUGGCUAUGAGGCUGUAUUUACAUAUGAAUACGCACGGAACCGGGCACCUACACCUCCAAGUGGACCUUCCAUCCCUCCAAGAGGACGUUACUGACUAAAAUGGAGUGCUGGCUCCAUUGGAUCGCAUGGUAUUUAGAUGUUUCAGACAUGUACAGUAGAAGUUAAAAAGGAAGUUGUUUAAGGAAAAUAAGAACCCUCUGCAUCUUUACAUUUGACUUCAGUGCAGCCCUGCACACCGGUUGCUUGUUGAAGAAUGUUUUUUUAACCUUAGUAAGAGCAUCUCCAAGAGUUUUUAUAAAGUUUCUCUCAAUUAUCAUUUGGAGAGUCAUUUGAUUAACAAUCAUCAUUUCUA